GCCGUUUUUCAGCGUCGCGGCGGACAUAAAGGUUCUCGAUUACAGUUGUCACUUCCAGUCGCUGGCAAAGGUUGACACGAUGGUCAGGGAUGGAUGCUGUGGACCCCUGAGGACCUUGAUGUCGGCUUCUCUAUCAAAUCGAUUUUGACCCAUGACGGUCCCGUCACUACUGUGCUCCAAAGGUCACCCGCAUUCCAAAUUUUAUUGCUAUUUGCUCUGAUUUUACUCCUUGCGGUGCUCUACCAAACUCUUGAUAUUUAGCCAAGAGUUUGAGACGCUUUUAGCCUAGACGAACAUCCCUUUUGGGAUAGUUGUCACUGGUGGAUCCCAUUUCCCGCGCGCUCGCAGCCAUUCAUUCCUCCACACGUCACUCGAUCUUGAGAUCUUCUCAGGCACAUAACCAGGACCUCGCGCCCCCCGUUCUCAUUGCUAUGGCCCGCACUCGAGCCCAAGCAGCGUCCCAGAAGGCGCUCCCAUCGCCGGCGUCAAAUAAUCAAGGAAAUCCACCGGCGCCUGUCCAGAGCAGAGGUCGCAAGCGCAAGCAAUACGCACUCGAGGCCAACCCAGACUCAGACCCAAAGCGACAACGGACAUCCCCUCCACACCCUAUCAAAGACGCAUUUGGCGAGCCAGCGAUUAGCAGCAGCGCCCACAAACAUACUGCUGACCCGGUUGCUUUCUGGACAAAGGAAGGCCGCUGGCCAAACGAGCACGACUGGCCAGAAGAGACCUCGAGAACGGUAUCAACGACCCCUAGCGACCAGAAGCCGAGGGAGGAGAAGAGUACGCCGUAUAGGGAUGCGCGAUACACACUCCUACUCCAGACCAAAGGCUCAUACAUGGAUAUCUCUGAGCUUGGUAUUACCGAUACGAGUAAGCAGCUUAUUAGGGACCUUCUUAACGGCAAGCAGUCGGUUCCUCAGGGAACCCUCUUUGACGAUCCUAUCUUUGUGAAUGCUUGCCGCAACCUCGAGAAUAAGAAUGAGGCGAGGAUUAUUCAAGACGUCUCAAGGCUUAUCGUUCCUUCGGCGGAAUCGCUCGCACUCUGGAAUAAAACCUGUAAGUGCCUUGUCGAAAGCGUCAACGAAGGGUGGAACAACUCGAUCCCCCUUACUAGUACCCGCCCACAACCUGACUACUCCGUUGGGUUCAAACGAGACGCAUUUACCAAAGACCAGCUCGAUAAGCUAUCGCCAUUUAUUGGCGAUGUUGCUACCGGGGACCAAUCCUUCUUCAUGGCUACGUACUAUAUGUACUUCCCGUUCCUAACUUGCGAAGUAAAAUAUGGCGACGCUGGGCUCGAUAUUGCAGACCGGCAGAACGCCCAUAGUAUGACCCUUGCGGUGCGGGCUAUCGUCGAGCUCUUCUGUGCUGUUAAGCGCGAGGAUGAAAUUAACCGGCAGAUUCUCGCCUUUUCCAUCUCACAUAAUCAUGAGUUGGUACGCAUCUACGGCCACUACCCGGUAAUAGGUAUAAAUGGGGAGGAUACCAAGUAUUACCGCCAUCCAAUCCAGAAGUUUCUCUUUACCGAAUCAGACGGGAAGGACAAAUGGACAGCAUAUCGCUUUACGAAAAAUAUCUAUGAUGUAUGGAUGCCCGCUCACUUCAAGAAGAUCUGCUCUGCCAUCGAUCAGUUGCCAUCAAAUUUGGACUCUGAUGUUCUCUGAGGCGACCAGGACAGCCAGGCGGUCACUCCAGACACCUCAUGCAGUGGGGAGGCAAAGAGGAGGAAAGGCCAGAGGGAUAGAUAGUUGGGAUUUCCGUUAUAGAAUGAAUUAUUGCGUGACGACUGCUGCCUUGCGAACUUGCUCUCGCCGUGCCUCAAUGCCUGACGGCACCCCUCAUGAGCUGAUGGGACUACGGCCGUCAAGGUGUUCCGGUGCGAUCCCCGGCUCUCACCAUC